ACUCUAGCUUCUGGGCUCUCCACUGCCUUCCCUGCCCUGCUGGGGAAGGAGAAGCCCCCUGUCCCGUCCAGUGCCUGCGGAUACAGCCCAUGAGGCGCCCAGGCCCCACUGAGUGCCGCCCUGAAGGAUGUCCCAGCUCUCCUCCACCCUGAAGCGCUAUACAGAGUCGACCCGCUACACAGAUGCCCCUUACGCCAAAUCGGGCUAUGGCACCUACACCCCCUCCUCCUACGGGGCCAACCUGGCCGCCUCCUUCUUGGAGAAGGAGAAGCUUAGUUUCAAGCCGGGCCCCCCCACCAGCUUCCUCACCCGUCCCCGUACCUAUGGGCCCUCCUCCAUCCUGGACUACGACCGGGGCCGCCCCCUGCUGAGACAUGACAUCAUUGGGGGUGGUAAGCGGGCGGAGAGCCAGACCCGGGGCACCGAGCGGCCUUCUGGCAGUGGACUCAGCGGGGGCAGUGGAUUCCCUUAUGGAGUGACCACCAACACCCUCAGCUACAUGCCCGUGAAUGCCCGCGACCAGGGGGCGAGCCUGACCCAGAAGAAGUCAAACAGCCAAUUAGACCUGGCCCGGGAUUUCUCCAGCCUCCGGACUUCAGAUAACUACCGGAUAGACCCUGGGAACCUGGGGCGCAGCCCCAUGCUGGCCCGCACACGCAAGGAGCUCUGUGCCCUGCAGGGGCUCUACCAGGCAGCCAACCGCUCCGAGUACCUGGCCGACUACCUGGAGAACUAUGGCCGCAAGGGCAGCGCGCCUCAGAUGCCCACCCAGGCCCCUCCCUCACGAGUCCCUGAAGUCCUCAGCCCUACCUACCGACCCAGCGGCCGCUAUACACUGUGGGAGAAGGGCAAGAGCCCAGCACCCGGGUCCAGCCGCUCCAGCUCCCCAGGGCGAGACACCAUGAGUUCUAAGAGUGCCCAGGGACUGGCUGGUCUUCGAAAUCUUGGGAAUACGUGCUUCAUGAACUCGAUUCUGCAGUGCCUGAGCAACACCCGGGAGCUGCGGGAUUACUGCCUGCAGAGGCUAUACCUACGCGACCUGAGCCACAGCAGCAGCACACACACGGCGCUCAUGGAAGAGUUUGCGAAACUAAUCCAGGCCAUAUGGACUUCAUCCCCCAACGACGUGGUGAGCCCAUCUGAGUUCAAGACCCAGAUCCAGAGAUACGCACCACGCUUCGUUGGCUAUAACCAGCAGGACGCUCAGGAGUUCCUGCGCUUUCUUCUGGACGGGCUCCACAACGAGGUGAACCGCGUGACGGCGAGGCCGAAGCCCAGCCCCGAGAACCUCGACCAUCUUCCUGACGACGAGAAAGGGCGCCAGAUGUGGAGGAGGUACCUGGAACGGGAGGACAGUCGGAUUGGGGACUCCAGCAAACUGAGGCAGGGCGUGAGUCGCCACAGAGCCUGUGCCGGCCCCGCAGCUCAGCCUCUCACGCUCCCUCCAGAUCUCUUCGUGGGGCAGCUGAAGAGCUCCCUGACCUGCACCGACUGCGGCUUCUGCUCCACGGUCUUCGACCCCUUCUGGGACCUCUCACUGCCCAUUGCAAAGCGAGGUUACCCUGAGGUGACAUUAAUGGACUGCAUGAGGCUCUUCACCAAAGAGGAUGUGCUCGAUGGUGAUGAAAAGCCAACGUGCUGUCGCUGCCGAGCCAGAAAGCGAUGUAUAAAGAAGUUCUCCAUCCAGAGGUUCCCAAAGAUCUUGGUGCUCCAUCUGAAGCGGUUCUCAGAAUCCAGGAUACGAACCAGCAAGCUCACAACAUUUGUGAAUUUCCCACUACGAGACCUGGACUUGAGAGAAUUUGCCUCAGAAAACACCAACCACGCUGUUUACAACCUGUACGCUGUGUCCAACCACUCCGGAACCACCAUGGGCGGCCACUACACAGCUUACUGCCGGAGUCCCGUGACGGGCGAGUGGCACACGUUCAAUGACUCGAGUGUCUCACCCAUGUCCUCCAGCCAAGUGCGCACCAGCGACGCCUAUCUGCUCUUCUACGAGUUGGCCAGUCCACCCUCCCGAAUGUAGCUGCGAGGAGCUUCGUCCUUUCUCCCUGCCUGUGGCGGCCCCAUGCCCUAAGUUUUUUAAAAAGACAAAACAAAACAAAACAAAAAAAUACAAAACAAAAAAAAACUGACAAAUAAGAGGAAAAUAAACUGAAAUAAAGCCGCCGAGCAGGAGUUGGUGCAGCCUGUCAGGGCCUGGAGUGAGAAGCCGGGCGCUCCCAGCCACAGCCUGGCGGGAAGAUCGGCCGGACACAGAGACCGGAGUCGGCACGGCGCUCCGGUGGCCUCUCUCGUUUGCAUUUUGAGCUUGUGGUUUUUUCCUGUGUGUAAUAAACAGCGCUCUGCGGGAAGAGCCUCGUCCACCUGCUGCCCUCCAGCCCCUGCGCCUUCUGAGAAGACAGCGCCCUCUGGAGCCUGCUGGGAGUAUCGCUGCCUGGAAGCGCCCCACCAGGCCACGGAGGAGCCAGGCGCCCCGUCUUCACUGGACCCACUCUGUCCAGAGCAGAAACCAACCCAUGAGCCAACAGCCCUCUUAACGCUGCUAACUCCAGGGGGCUAGAAGAGGGGACUUCUUUGAAAAAAACAAAAACAAAAACAAAAAAAGCUGGUUUCGUUUUUUUCUUUUUUUAAAUUACCAUAACUAAAGUUUUCAGACUGGAGAUGUUCUUCUUCAGUCUCUUCCCAGCUGGAAUGUUGUACUAGUCCUGUGUUUUGUUUUGUUUUUUUAAUUCUUCGAGUACAACUUUUCUAAUGCUAGCCCCCCGUGGUGCUAGGUGGGUGUUGGCUAGGCCCCAAGCACAGCCACACAUAGACCUGGGAGCUAAACAGUUUUUAUUUAUUAUUGGCUUUUUUUUUUUUUUAAUGUUUUGGAUGGAAUCUAGUUGCCUCCAAGAAUUGUGCCUUAUAGCAUUUGGGGACCAGGGGGUAACUGCCCCUCCCUGAGAUAUCCCUCAACCUCUUCCCUUUUCCCCAGUGUCAUGUUCAAAUCCGCUGGGGGAAGUAGGGGUCCUGUCCUGGGCCCCCGCACGUUGCGCGUUGCAGAGGGGCGAAGAGGAAGGUAGGUAAAAGCAGCUUUGUUAGGAUAGGCCAUCGAGGUGUUCCUGCCCCCUUCCUCUGUCCCGCUCCUGGUCUGCUCCCCAGCUGUUUGAAGGGUAGCACAAGCCCCUUAACCCUAGAGCUUCCCUCACCUUUAAUUUAUUCUUAAUGUCCCUUUCUCCCUGGCCUUCCUGACACCCACCCCCUUCUCAGAGCCUCCUAGACAUAGGCCCUUCGGACCGAGUUUCUCAGGGAUGCCCACGCCACCCGCAGCCCCUCUUGGCAUGGGUCUUCAGUCCCGCCCGGGGAGCUGUAGCUGGGUGUCUGGGGACAUCUUGCCUCAGUCGUACGAUUCUUUCCAAUGGGCUCACUUUUGCCCUGAGUAGACGGGCGAGACUC